AUGAAAUUCGACGAAUUUUUACGCAACAGUCUUGGCGAGAUCGGAAAAUUUCAAUUAAUUCAAUUAUGCAUCACAAAUUUCCCCAUUUUCAUUCUUUCAAUCGAUGCUUAUAGUUGGAGUUUUGCCUCAAUUGAACCAACAUUUCGCUGCAAAUUUCCGAAUGACACUGGAAAAUAUCAGACUGAUUUGUUAACUUUUUCAAAGUGUUAUGAUCGAAAAACCGAGGAGAGGAAGAAUAUAAGUGAAUGGGGAAAACAAGAUAUUCUUGUGAGUUUUCCAUGGAUUGAUUCCAAAUUUUGAUCGGAAAAAUUUACAGUGCGAUUAUUCGGAAAAAUGUGAGAUGGCAAAUUCAGUUUGUUCUGAACAUGUAUUCGAUCAUUCAUUUCGAGAUUAUACAGCAACUGAAAAAUGGGAUUUUGUAUGCGAUUAUUCAUGGAUGGCAUCAACAAUUCAAUCAGUUUAUUAUUUAGGAAUGAUGAUUGGCUCAUUUGCUUUUGGUGUAAUUGGUGAUAGAUGUGGAAGAAAAAUAGCAUUUUAUACCACACUAGUUCUUCAAAUUCCAUUCGGUUUUAUACUCGCAUUUUCACCGUAUUGGUGGCUUUACAUGUUUGCUCGUUUUAUGUUUGGUAUUUCACAUGCUGGAACAUUUUUAUUGUCAUCUGUUCUUGGAAUGGAAUCUUUUGGCCCAAAAUAUCGAAAAUCUGCGUCGACGGCGAUUGGAAUUUUUUCAUGUUUUGGUAUGAUUUGCUUAGGUGUUAUUGAAAUGUAUGUCACAAAUUUUACCUAUGUUCAUUUGAUUUGUGCAAUUCCAACUGUGCUAUAUUUGAGCUAUUGGUGGUAAGUGAGAUUUUUUGAAAAUUGAAUUUUUCGAUCAGGUUUUUAUCAAAAAACUUUCGUUGAAUUCCCAUAUAAAUUGAUGUUUUUUUUGAGAUCAAAUUGGUAAAAAAAUAUAACAAAUUCCCCAAAAACGUUUUCUGAAGUUCAGAUUCAAAAAAAUCCCUAAUUUUCAGGUUGGUUCCUGAAUCGAUUCGCUGGCUUGUUUCCAAACAAAAAUUCGAAAAUGCCGAUCGAGUUAUCCGAAAAGCCGCAAAACUAAACGGAAGAGAAAUCAAAGAUGGAUGGUGGGAAGAAUUAUCAAAUAGUUCAAGCGGCAAAGAAGGAGCUAAAACUCUAACAGUUUUGGAUUUGUUUAGAACACCGAAAAUUCGAAGAAGAACUUUAGUUCUAAUGUUUGUUUGGUGAGCUUUUCCUUAAUUUGUGAAAACACCUAGAAAAAUGGCGAUAGCUUCGCUACCGCCCGAAAGCGAUAAACACACAGCGCACGCGAAUAUAUAAAUUUCUAGUGUGGGCGACGGUAUACGGGUUGUGCGUACCGCUAUUGUUUGAGUGCAAAAGGGCGGGGCUUAUUUAAACGAGCGCGUUUUUUAUUCUUCAAAAUCAAAUUUUCAAAUGAAUUUUGAUGGAAAGUCUGAUUUUUUACAUGUCAACUUGGAAAUUUCUGAAAUUUUUUCAUCAAAGUAAGCUGAGAAUAAACGAAAGUUCACUUUUUCGAUAACAAAUAUGCUGCGUAAAUUUUGAAAAAAGUUUGUACGGUGUCCUUUUUCGCAUCACGUCUGUCCAGGUGUAAAUAAACACUGAUAUUUUUUGAAUUUCAGGCCAGUCACAAGUUGUGUUUACUACGGUUUUUCUUUGAAGUCCAAUGUUUUGGGAGGUGAUUUGUAUCUGACAUUUUUGGUAGCUACAUGCUGUGAAAUCCCCGGAAUAUUGCUCUCUCAUUUUCUAAUCGAUUUGAUUGGUCGAAAAAUUCUUCUUGCUGGUUGUCAUGCGAUUGCAACUGCUGCUUUAGCUGCUAGUUUGAUAAUGGGCGAUAAUUUGGGAUUCACUUAUACUGUUAUUCAAAUGGCGAUUGCAAAAGGUUCGAUAACAGCUGCGUUUUGUGUUGCUUACACCUAUUCUCCAGAACUUUAUCCAACUGUGAGUGAUUUUUGAAAAGAGGGUUUUGUGCUACGAAAAUCCACGUGGCACUUAUUUCCCAGUUCGAAAAUAUGAGUUUUUUUGUAAACAUCAAAAAUUUCAGAGAGCUUUUCUCUUCUCAAUAGAAAAUCCGUUUGACUAUUUUCAGCCGAUUCGCAAUAGAGCAAUGGGUGUUUUAUUGUUUCUCACCAGAUUUGGUGGAAUUAUGGCUAGUUACAUUUCAAUGUAUAUUUCGGAACGAUAUGGAAAAAUUUACAUGGUCUUACCAUUUGCAAUUUGUUCUGCAAUUGUAGCCGCUUUGACUUUAAUAUUUUUACCAGAAACCAAAGGAGAACCAAUGCCUGAUUAUUUGGAGGACAUUGAAAAUCCAGAGAAUCAAGAGAAUAAUAAUGAAACUGAUGAUGAGCGUUCUGAUAAAGGAGGAGAAAGUGUCAAAUCAACUGACAAUGAGAACAAUACAAAUACUGUAUAA